AUCUGCUAGGAAUGCAAGGAGCCGACACUUUGUAAGAAGCAUAUUGGAAGGCUGCGUACGAGACACCUCUGUGCAUACACUUUCUCUUCCAGUGUGAUUUCCAACAAGGCGGGAGAAGUGCUCAUCCCUCUAUUUGACACACUCGAUGACGGUCAUGACAUGCUAGACAUGACUGAGUUCUCACAUAUUACCAGCAUGGCAGAGCUCAUGUCUCACGUGUCGGAGGGAAGUGUCGUCAUCAACAUGGACCAAGACCGCUCGGUGAUCAUACAUAACCUUGUCCCUGAUGACAUGCGUGAGGAAUAUUUCGUCAUGUAUAAGGAAACCGACAAGAUGACUGGUGAUAACAUAAAUUGGCUGUGCGCCUUCAAUGACAUACUCAUCUUCUUGUCGUGUCUCUCUCUUUGUAGGCGCCGAGUCCUCUUGUAGUGUCUUUGACUUCACCGAUGAGUGUCUGGACAGGGAAGGUCUUGGCGGCGUCUUCAUUAUCAUCUUAUGCCUCCUCUUCGUAGCCGCUGUGGGCGCCUUGGCAUACGUCAUGAUGAGGAAAUCGCCAUGGAAGAAGAUGAAGAACCAGGACAUCGUUGAGGAGAACGAAGGACAGGAAGCGCUGACGACAAUUGUGACGGCCGAGAAGGCAGGGGAACAUAAAGAAGUCAUGGGGAAGGAAAUGGUGCCUGCUGUCGAGCGCGACGCCGAACAAGAGUUUGCAGCCGUGUUGCCUGGUGAAGUCCCUGUCGCACACAAAGAGGAGGCUGGAGUGAGCGAAGAGCUACCAGAGCAGCAACAGAAAGAGCAAGCAGCUGGGGAAGAACAGGGAGAACGUGAGAUGCCGUCCUACGCAGCCGUCGACGAGUCCAUGCAGGAGCAGAAGCUGCCGGUAGGUGAGCUCGGAGAGACAGGAUUCGACAAAGGACACGAGCAGCAAGCAGACGAAGGCGAAGCUCAUCAGGCGUAAAGAUGUCGAAGGGGCGCAUCCCAUCGGGUGAAUGUGAUCAUCUGGUGUUUGUUGAAUGCUCUUAAGUCUGUGAUGUCGUAUGUUGCAAGUCUGUGAUGUCGUAUGUUGUGGAUAAACUAAGUGAGUCGGGAAAUAUAGGUGGUGUGUGUUCGGUCAUGAACAUAUCCUUGAUUGGCCAUACAUGACUAGUCCUUGUUCAAGUAAAAGUCAGUUAUUACUUGAACAAGGAUAUGCUACCACUUGUUUCUACUCAGCUUUUGAGCCAAUAAACAGACAUGAUUUGCUUUGUUGUUCGGCUUCAAAUCGGACAAAUGCCGUCUGUGUAUUUUGUGCUCGCAGCGUAGCGUCAGCAUGUACAAGGGAAGCACCCCAAUACCCAUACGAUAUCGAAGGUCCGAUUCUUUCUUCCUCCACACUGGUCCACACUGUCCAUGCAUAUGGACAGAGUCCGCGUCGGGAUGUUUACUUGUGUGGGUAGGGAACGCUGACACAGAGUGUAUCGUCCAUUUUACGCUGACACAGUGCCAAAAUGGAGUCUUUGUCUUGCCUUUCUUCUGUCCAUGGUAUAUGUGUGUUUGCGCGCGCAUGUAUCGAAUCGGUCGAUGUAUGGAAACACUUAUGUGCAGACGCCUGUGUGAG